AUGUCAUCACUUUCUGAUGUUUACCACUCACCCGAUAUUCUCUCUCAUGUCUUCUCCUUUUUACCACUGCCCAGUAUUGCCAUUAUGGAGAGAUCUAGCAAAUAUUUUGCAGAAAUGUUGAGAGCAGAUUAUUUUGAUAAGACAAUUUACAAUGACACUAUUUGUAAACUAUUUAAAAUUGAUGCAAGGUUUAUGAGAGAGGAAAUGCCAUUGCACAAUUUUAAUCAGUUUUUAAGAGGAGAGAAUUGUAGAGAAUUAUUGAAAGAGUUUUAUCAAGCACCAUUCAUAGGUGGUUAUCAAUAUGUUGACUUUGCAAGUAUGGAUUCCUAUUCGGAUAAGGGAGGUGUCAUUGAUUUUAGUUUGUAUAGUCCUUGUAAAUUAUUGAAGUGUGUUAAAACAUUGUAG